AUGAAGGAAAAGGAGGACAAUGUAGAAGCAAUCCAUCGAAAAGAUCGCAAAACUGAACGAAUAUAUAAUGAUGACAAUCGUGUUGACGAGAUCGAAGCAAAUAGUGUGGUCCCACAAGCCUUCGGAGAAGUUUUCGUUGGGCCCACUUAUUUAUAUCCAUCAAACAAAAGUAAGGAAGUUUGCAAAAGUAAAGAGACUUGCAACCAAACACCAAACAAAGGCAAAGAGAAAGUUUGUAAUGAGCCAACAACACUUUACUAUGCCUUCCAUGCUAGCGGUAUUGAAAAGAUUCAAGAAGUCAUUGGAUUUAUAUGUGUGUGGUGUGAUACUUUAGUGUUUAGAGAUAUUGAUUGUUUAAUGCUUCAUCUACAAAGUUUUCAUCAUCAUUUUGAAUAUAUUAUGAAACAAAAAAAUCAAACAACCAUUACUGUUCAUAGAAAUUAUAAAAAUUCAGAUAAUGAACUUUUUAUGUUUAAAGUUGAUGAAGCCCAUGUUCCAAAAUUAUUUUCUCAUAAAGAAAGGAUUAUUUUGCCAUCACCACCAUUGUCUUCAACAGAAUUUACAUCAGGAGCUUUUGUGAAUUCUUGUACGUUUGCUCCAUUCAUUGCAGAUAAUGAUAUAAUUGCUGAAAAUAAUGAUUGUAAACAUUGGACUGAACAACAAAAUGAUGAGGAAAUAGAUGCGACAGGAGAUAUCGCAGAUGGUGCCAAACUUUUAAUGAAAUCGUGGUGUAGAUUUGUGGAUCAAGAAAGUAAUUCUCUUUGUGAAUCUAACUUUCCAGACUUUUGUAGAAGAUUUGCAACGGCACAUGCAGCUCAGAUUCUAGAACUUGAUCUUAGACAAAUCUUUGCAAGGCAAUUACUUGCCUUCUGCGAAAAUGGAUCACUUGAUAACAAUUCUUCACUAGAAGGUGAUUCUAAUUGA